UGAAUAACAAACGUUUAGUCAAAUUUUCUCUCAAAUUUCAAAUAAAUUUUUAAAAAAAUGACUGAUUCCAGUAAAAGUGUCGUCAAAAAAGAUCCUCCAAAAUACUCCACUGAAAUGGAUCAACAAACAGCACGAGUUCUCUUCGAAAAUUGUGCCUUUCUCAUCAUUGCCGGCGUUCCGAGAGCAACUGAAUUCGGCAUGGACUUUUCCUCACAUCAAAUAGACGAGAAUUUCCGAGGAAUGAAAUUAAUUCCAGAAGGUCCUCAUUACGUUUAUUGCGCCUCACAAAGUCCGUAUGGAGAUGUUGGAGCCCGUGUUGGUUUCAUGCAUUAUUUUAAACCAAAAGAAAUCGUAAUUCGUGAAUGGGAUCCUGACAAGGAGGAAUUAAGACAUCGCAGACAGGAUUUAGUUGAUGUGGAAAUUGGAAAAAUUCGCGAAAAUAUCAAAGAUUUAGAUCGGUUUCUUGCUCCCUACGACUUUGAAAUGUACGAAAAAUGGAAGACUUUUACGCGUCACAUCACCGAACCACAAAUUCAAGCUCUUAUGCCGUCUUGUGGACUUGUUCGCACCGCCGUUGAAUAUCUUUCGUGUCCUGAUGCCGAUAGACCUCGCGGUGGGGUAACAACUUCGCCGCGACUUCGCACUGUCCGUUCGAUUGCUGAUGAAGACGAUUUACUGCCGGAUUUGGAACCAAUUAAGGGAACAGCUCCAAAUUUCACAAAAUUACCGAAAAUCAACACAAAAACCGCAAAUCCAUCGGAUAUCAGUUCAAGUUACAUGGACUCCAUAGGUCUCGUGGAAAAUUUAUUAGCAAAAGGAGAAAAGGAAAUUCUCGCAGAAAUCGAAUUUUCGUUCAUUUUGUACCUGUGUGGACAUUCAACGGACGCUCUGGCACAUUGGCGUCGCAUCCUCGCUCUCGUUUGCAAUUCGGAAAGUGCUGUGGAGAAAUUUAAGCAUUUUUACAAGAAUUAUUUGCUGAUAAUCAGAGAACAACUUGUUGAAUUGCCCGUAGAAUUAAUGGAACCCACGGAAAAUAACUCAGUUUACAAAGACGUGAAAAAAUUGGUGCGAAAUUGCGUUUUAGGUGGGCUCGUAGACCGAGCGGAUCACGUGACGAAACAUUUAUACGAGAAAAUGUGCUGGAAUUUUAACGAUAUUUUGGACGAAGAUCCCGAAGAUUUACCAGUUGUCGUGGAAACUGAUUAAAAAUUCACUUCU